AUAUGAAAGUGCAGAAAAGCAUGAAAGAUAGAAUGGCUGAACAGUCCAUGAUUCGAGAUGCAGCAGUGGACCCUGAACAGGUUUUGUCAAAGAUUGAAACGAAAGCUUGGGCUAACAAUUGCAGAGUUUUAGGUUGGCGGCGCAACUGUGGAAUGUGUUUAAAUUUACGUCGCGACGAAGUGUGUAAACGUUGCGCUUAUGAUCGUAGAAUUUGACGAAUAAUUUAUAUUAUACAUAACAAAUAAUGGAAACAGUAAAGGAAUCUGAAUCAAGUGCGAAUAAUCAACUAUGUCAAAUAUGUGGCAUACAAGCACGCAAGUAUACUUGCCCUCGAUGUGGAUUGGCAUAUUGCAGUGUAAAUUGUUACAAGACGUUGGAACAUAUGGAUUGCUCUGAAAGCUUCUAUAAAGAAUUAGUAGAAGAGGAAUUGCGAUCCCAAAAAUCAGACCCUGAAAGUGCUCGGAACAUGCUUGAUAUUCUUAAAAGAAUGCAUGAGAAUCAAGAGGAUGAAAUAGACACUUUGCAUGAUUCGGGAAGUGGUACAGAGGAAGAUGCUCCUCUGGAUUCAGAUGACGAAGAAGAUGUACCUGACCUUCAAGAAAGAAUGAAAAAUGUGAACUUAGAUAAUCCUAACGAAAUAUGGUCUGCAUUAACUAGUGCGGAAAAACAGGAAUUUGAGGCUUCUCUGCAAAAUGACCAAGUUAAAAAGCUUCUACCUCGUUGGAUACCUUGGUGGUCUUACCAUGCUGAAAAAGAAUUAAUACAGGAUCUUGAAGUUAAUAAAGAAUCAAAUAACUAUGUCAAGAAUUGUCCAAAAAUAUUACAAGUUCCAAAAUUUAACGAAUUAUUGAAUGCAUCUCCUUCCGUACGUUACAAUUUGCUGAAUGUCCUAUAUGCAUAUACAUACGUAGCUCUUUGCUUUAAUGGCGAUCAUUUCUCUUCAUUCAGAGAAGCAGUCGAUAUGUUUCUUCUCUUGUGUGAUAAUAUGCGUGAAAACAAGAAUUUUGAAGAUACAACAUCAGCAAUUGAAUCAGUGGUACAAAAUAUUCUAAAGAAUGAUGUAAUAAUAGAAGUUGAAGAAACAAUUUCAUUUCUUAAGAAUGCUGUCAAUUCGAUCAUAGAGGGACCAGAAACGGAAAACCGGUGUUUUUAUAUAUCUUCAGCAUUGUCAGAUCUUUAUCGAUUAUUUAUAACAGCUAAGAAGAGUGCAUCAGCACCUAAACAAACAGCAGUUAACGGAGAAUUCUCAAAGAGAUUUGCAGAUCCAAAUCAUGAUAUCAAGGUACAUUAUACCAAGAAAGACUUGCGACUUUGUUUAAAGAAAUUGGAAUAUUAUUUGUCAUGGAUUGAAAGUUAUGGACAAACUAUAUCAAUAAACAAGUAAUGUCGUUUUUCGAAAACUACAAGAAUUCACGCAAUCCGGCUAACGCUUUGUUAAUUGCAACCGAACUUUCUACAUAAUCUUUUCUUGUCUGUAGAAUUUCUUCCUUUUCACUAAAGACUUUAAUUAUUCUAGAAGUAAAGUUUCUGUUAUUUCACUAAGACAUUUUUUUCACAUAUUCCUCUCUAAUUACUAGUGGUAUGUAGCUCUUUACAUUUAUCACAUUACGCAUAGCGUCCUCGUUCGUUAUACGUGUCAGUCCCAUUUUAAUAAACAAAUUUCUUGAACUCAAAAAA